AUGUCAACACCUCGACAAAGUACGAGUCAGCCUACGAGGGGGCAUAGAAGCACUCUAUCUUUACAAAAGACGGAGGUCAAAAUUCGUAUUUACGAUUUGCUCCCACCGGGCAGGCUUUCGUCCAUUCUCUGGACAGUCGGUGCGUCACUGCUUCAUUCUAGCGUCGUCAUCAACGACAAAGAGUACGCUUACGGAGGGCACAAUAAACGCUGCGUGACUGGUGUUUACUGGACUAAACCGAAGACCGAACUCCCCGGGGGCACAUUUCGAUGUGAGAUACUGCAUGGUUUUACUCUUGCUACUCAGCCGGAGAUUGAUUCUCUGCUACGAACGGCUUCAGAAGAGUUUCUUGGCACAUCGUACAAUCUUUUAACAAGAAAUUGCAACCACUUCACGUCACAUCUCUGCCAGAAAUUGACGGGAAAUCCAGGGCCAAGUUGGCUUAAUAGAGCUGCGACUAUUGGUGUCGCCCUACCUUGUGUUGUACCCCGAGAAUGGAUCGAACCACCAGAGUACGAAACUGCGGAUGGAGAACUCUUGGACGAAGAUGAUGAGAUUGCGCACGAAUCGUCUCGUAUGCUUGGUGAAUCGAGGCCACAGCUCUUAGCGGAAGCUGGAAGCAGUGGUGGCGAGUGGGAUAGCGAGGAAGAGCGACGCAAAGGAGGGAACGGAAAGGGUAAACGGGUUAUGCAGGACACAUCUGGGCGAAAUCUUCCAGCAGCAGAACAGGCUCCGCAAUAG